UUUUGGAGUUGGAGUCGUACUGGGGAUUAAAGUCUGGUUCCUAAAAGCUUCCAUCAUGGCCUACCAGGCGGGGUUUACAGACGAGCUCAGAACUUUGGUCCAAAACAUCAGCUCUAACAUCCAGAGGAUCACGCUGCUGACCUCUGAGAUGCAAAAAGCUGUAUCCCUGCUGGGAACGGCGCAGGACAGCAGCCAGCUCCGACAGACGCUUCAGCAGAAGCAGCAACAAGGCAACCUGCUGGCAAAGGAGACUGACAGACUCAUGAAGUCGUUCGCUGCUCUUCCCGUCGGACACGAUCAGCGACAGAGAAAGCUACAGAGAGAGCGUCUGCUGAACGACUUUUCAGCCGCUCUGAACAGCUUCCAGGCGACGCAGCGGCAGGCAGCCGACAGAGAGAGAGAAUAUGUGGCUCGGGUCCGAGCCAGCUCCAGGGUAUCCACGGGGGGUCAGUCUGAAGAUACUUUUGGAAUUGCACCUCCGAGUUACGCCCAGGUGCAGGCCGAGGCCGAGGUUUUCACUGACGAGGACCUGAAGCAGAUCCAGGAGAGGGAGUCUGCCAUCAGGCAGCUGGAGUCUGAUAUCACGGACAUUAAUGACAUCUUUAAGGACCUGGGCGUGAUGGUCCACGAGCAGGGAGACAUGAUAGACAGUAUAGAAGCUAACGUGGAGAGUGCAGACUCCUGCGUUCAGAGUGCUCAACAGCAGCUGAGUCAAGCUGCAGGCUACCAG